AUGAUAUGGAUCAAUAUCCUUGAAGAAGUGAAUGGUUCACUCAAAUUUCGUAAUGUUUCUUUCAAAUAUCCAUCACGCAAAGGAGUACAUAUAUUAAAAAAGUUGUCUUUCACAUGUAAAAAAGGUGAAGCAACAGCAAUUGUUGGUCCAAAUGGUUCGGGUAAAUCAACAUGUAUUGCUUUAUUGGAAUGUUUUUAUGAUCCUCAACAAGGUGCAGUUUUACUUGAUGGACAUGAUUUACGUAUACUAAAUGUUAAAUGGCUUCGUUCAAUAAUUGGUCUUGUACAAUAA